AUGAAUGAUAAUGUUGAUAAACGAAAAAGAAUAAUAUAUAAAUUGGUACUAACUGGUGGACCAUGUGGAGGAAAGACAACCGGCCAAAAUCGUUUAAUUUCAUUUUUUGAAGGAAUGGGAUGGAAAGUUUAUGGUGUACCAGAAACAGCAACUGUUCUUAUUGGUGGUGGGGUAAAAUUUUGUGAAUUAAAUGAUAAACAAGUUCAUACAUUUCAAAAAGAUUUAUUAUUAACAAUGUUAAGAAUUGAACAAACAUUUUUUAAUUUAGCAGAAUUAGAAAAUGAGAAGAAUGUUCUUAUUAUUUGUGAUAGGGGAACACUAGAUCCAUCUGUUUAUAUUUCAAAAGAAGGUUGGAAUUCAAUAAUACAUGAUUUAAAAUUAUCACAAUUUGAUUUAAGAGAUAAUAGGUAUAAUCAUGUAGUUCAUAUGGUUUCAGCUGCUGAUGGAGCAGAAAAAUUUUAUACAUUAUCAAAUAAUGCUGCAAGAUCAGAAAAUAUUAAGCAGGCUUUAGAAUUAGAUCGUAAAACAAGAGAAGCAUGGAUUGGUCAUCCUUAUGUUGAUGUUGUUGAUAAUCAAGAUUGUAAAACAUUUGAAGAUAAAAUUUUAAAAUUAAUACAAAUUGUUUGUGAAAGAAUUGGAAUUUGUAAUAAUGAGGGUCUUUCAAGUAAUUCAAGAAAAAGAAAAUGGCUUGUUAAAUCUUUUGAUGAAUCUAAAUUUCCUCAUUUUGAGGAAUUUAUUGUUAAUCAUGAUUAUUUAUUAUCAGAGGAUGAAAAUGUACAAGUUCGAGUUCGUGAAAGAAGACAAGGACAAUACUCAACAUAUACAAUUACAACACGUAUUAAACAUGAUGAAAAUCCAAUUGAAACAAGAAUGCAAAUAAAUUAUCGAGAGUAUCUUCAAUAUUUACAAAUAAAAGAUAAUAAUAAAUGUACACUUCAUAAGAGACGCCGUUGUUUUCAGUAUGGUACACAAUUUUAUCAUUUAGAUAUUUUUAUAAAUCCUCUUCCAAAAUGUUUUAACAAUCAACAAAUUAUGAUUCUAGAGACAUAUUCAACAAAACCAAUAGGUAGUCCAUUGCCAGAAUUACCUCCAUUCUUAACUGUUGUUAAAGAAAUAACAAAUGACAAAAAUUUUUCAAUGUACAAUUUGGCAGACAAUAAAUGUAAAAAUCUUUUAUUAAAUUAA